AGACAAAAUGCGAGGCGUGAGUUUUCACUGCUGCAAGAAGACCAGCAAUAGAAAGCAACUGGUGUGUUCUCUUCCUCUGCUACAGCGCAAUUCUAAACAGGUUGACAAGGCUUUGUCCGGAGUCUUGGCCAGUGAACUGACGGAGCCAGAAGAGCUAGCAUCAAGUUCUCAUACCUUCAAGACCAAAACCUUCAAGAAAGCCAAAGCCUGUAACAUCUGCAAGCAAGUAAUUGACCAGCAAGGCAAUUUGUGCAGAGUUUGCAAAUAUGCUUGCCACAAGAAAUGUGAGUCAAAGGUGGUAACCCCCUGCUUCCUGCCAGUCAACUAUCCAUUGCUUGAUCGCUCGGACUCUUUUGUAAACCAUGUAACCAGAACAAAUUCCAGCAGUUUUUUGAAAAGCUCAUCUUUCUGUUGUGACAAACUCUCAGAAAGUGCUGACUUUGAUCACAUGAUGGAGGAAGGUUAUGAAUUGGACUUGACUUACAUCACAGAGCGGAUCAUUGCUCUCUCCUUCCCAGCCAGCUGCUCAGAGGAAACCUAUUUGCACAAUCUCCAGGAUGUAACACGAAUGCUUAAAUCCAAACAUGGGGACAACUACCUGGUGUUAAAUCUCUCAGAGAAAAGAUUUGACCUUGCCAAACUUAACCCAAAGAUAAUGGAUGUGGGCUGGCCCGACCUUCAUGCUCCACCGCUGAACAUGCUAUGCACGAUCUGCAAGGCCAUGGAAUCCUGGCUGAACAGCAAUUCUCAACAUGUGGUAGUGAUCCAUUGCCGAGGUGGAAAAGGUAGAAUUGGAGUAGUGAUAUCAUCAUACAUGCAUUUCACAAAUGUUUCUGCAAGUGCGGAUCAAGCCCUAGACAGGUUCGCUAUGAAGAAAUUCUUUGAUGAUAAAGUUUCUGCCUUAAUGCAGCCAUCUCAGAAAAGGUAUGUGCAGUUUUUGAGUGGCCUUCUCUCUGGAUCGGUAAAAAUGAACACAACUCCUCUCUUCCUGCACUACGUCAUCUUGCAUGGAAUCCCAAGCUUUGAUGCUGGCGGAGUUUGUCGGCCAUUUCUGAAGUUGUACCAAGCCAUGCAACCAGUUUAUACAUCAGGAGUAUAUAGUGUGGGCCCAGAGAACCAAAGCAGAGUCUGCAUUGCAAUUGAACCAGCCCAGCUUCUAAAGGGAGAUAUUAUGCUGAAGUGCUACCACAAAAAAUACCGAUCGGCCACCCGUGACACCGUUUUCCGCCUGCAGUUCCACACGGGGGCUGUUCAGGGAUAUGGUAUGGUAUUUGGCAAAGAGGACUUGGACAACGCAAACAAAGACGACCGUUUUCCUGACUAUGGAAAAGUUGAGCUGGUGUUUUCAGGAUCCCCUGAGAGAAUCCAAGGAUCUGAACACCUGCAGAAUGAUCCCGGGGUGAUAGUGGACUACAACACCUCAGACCCCUUGAUUCGCUGGGAUUCGUAUGAGAACACGAGCCCUGACGGAGAAGGUGAGUUCUUUUUGCAUACCCAGGGCCCCAUUGAUGGAAGCCUAUAUGCGAAAGUGAGGAAGAAGAGCUCCUCAGAUACCAGCAUUCCCAGCGGAGCUCCAGGUGCCAUAACCAGCAGUCCGGACCACGGUGACCACACUCUGUCCGUUAGCAGUGAUUCGGGACAUUCCACUGCUUCUAUAAGGACGGACAAGACUGAAGAGCGCCCCUCUCCCGGAACCAAGAGGCUCUUGAGCCCCCAAGAGAAGGAAGAGUUGGACCAGUUGCUUAGUGGCUUUGGCCUGGAGAACUCGGUCAGUCCUCUCAAGGAUAUGACCGAUGCCCCAAGCAAGUAUAGUGGGACUCGCCACAUAGUGCCAGCCCAGGUUCACGUGAACGGAGAUGCCAAGCACAAGGACAGAGAAACAGACAUUCUGGAUGAUGAGAUGCCCAGCCACGACCUCCACAGCGUGGACAGCAUCGGGACGUUGUCCUCUUCUGAAGGGCAGCAUUCCAACCACCUUGGUAACUUCAGCUGCCACAAGAGCAGUCAGAAUUCCCUUCUGUCAGACGGGUUUGGGAGUAACACUGGCGAGGAGCACCACAGCACUCUGGCUCCGGAUCUCGGAAUUAGUGUCGAUCCCAUGUACGAGAGGUCCUUUGGAAAUGCCGAGACAAAGCAAUCUCAGCAACCGCCGAGGAAUCCUCCGGUUUCUACUCAUCCUCAAGCCUACAGCCCCAGUAGCUAUUCGACCCAGACAUGGGUACGCCAACAGCAGAUGGUGAUUGCUCAUCAGUAUGUCUACUCCCCUGACAGUGAAGUCAGACUUGGUGUUCACAAUGCAGUGGAGAAAUUGGGCAACCCACAGAGCCAAGACAGAAUUCCAGAUACUCCUGCCCGGGGCUCCAGCAGCAGAGAUGCCGUACAGAGAGGGCUGGGAAGCAUGCCUUCUUCCAACGAGACAGCGGAAACCCCUAGCCCUGAGGUUUUUAAAUCAAGAUUAGUCCCUGAGAAGGUCACAAAUGACCUUGACCUGCAGCUGAACUCGGGAAACGACUUGGGGGCCUUACCGUCCUCCCCCACUCUGGAUAUUGAUCAGUCGAUUGAGCAGCUGAACAGGUUGAUUUUGGAACUGGACCCAACAUUUGAACCAAUUCCCACCCGCAUCAAUGCCGUCAGUAGACAUACAGGUCAAGUGAAUGGAUUUGCCAGCCCUGAACUGGAUGUGGGAGGUCCUGGGAUGAUCCUUGGAUUCCAUGGGAAAACAGAGGUUGCGAACAGGAACCUGCCCCAGCAGGGUUCCCGAGGGGACUGUAUAACAGGGGGAAGAAGCAGGAAGUUGAGCUUUGGCCAGUAUGACAAUGACAUUCCAGCGCAACCAUCGUAUACGAAGUGCAGAUGGGCGAAGUCAGCUGCCUCUGACCAUCCGGAAAGUCCAGGGCCUUUAGUUGCUGGAGGGGAGACCAAAGAGAUAGGUGCUGCAUGCUACCAUGAAAACCUGGAUGAAGCAGAUGGUGGUAUCUUCUCACCAAUCAAGAACGGAAAUGAAGCAGCCCCGGCUACCCCUGCAUUUCCAGUGUCACCGGAGACUCCCUAUGUGAAAACUCCUCUGCAUUUUCAGCAACUGAGCCCGUCUGGCAAUCAGAGCUGCCUUCCAUCAGAGAUGUAUAGGACUACUCAUGAACCUCGAGGUUAUCUGGAAGUUCUCAACCACUCUGUUGUGAUGUCUGACAGCCCCCUGGGCCCACACUCUGCUUUGCUGCAGACUGACAUGCCGACAAAUCCUUCCUGUCAGCGAUCUAGCGCCGUCACUUGCAACAGCCCUGUCUCGAAAGGAGAGAGUCCUCCUGUGGAUGAACAUGGUUGGCAACAAAACAGUUCUAAAUCCUCUGUGAUGCCCCAGUUUUCCGGAACAAACAACAGCCAGUCUGUAGGAGGUUAUUUCGCAACUCUGGAGUCUUCGGAUGGCUCACUCACGCACCAAUUCCAAACCAAGGGACUCCAAAUCAGUUCAUUGGGAAGCCAAGAGACUUCAUCAGCAGGGCUGCAGCAGGAAUCUGGGGCUAGUUCCAGUGUCCAAGCUUUUCGGAAUUAUGGCGGGGCCAAUACUAGUGACGGCCAGCCGGCAGGGGAAAAACAAGCAGGUUUUGUGGCGAAUGCGAGCGGAUCUCCCCAAACUGUGAGAUCACCGGUGGACAGCGGCUUUUUGCCAGACACCUUCCUUACAUCAGCUUCUGGACACAGCAGCCAGAGCAGUCCAAACCAGCAAAAUAACACAACGAACACUCACCCGCAGCCCCCGCUUCCAGAGAAGAAGAGGAGUUCAGAGGGAGAACGUUCUUUUGGCUCUGUCUCUCCUUCUUCGAGUGGCUUCUCCAGCCCGCACAGCGGUAGCACCAUCAGCAUCCCAUUUCCAAACGUUCUUCCCGAUUUCUCUAAAGUUUUGAACACUUCUCCGUUGCCAGAAAACACGGGUGAGAAACAUGUAACUGUAAAAUUUGUUCAGGAUACAUCCAAGUUCUGGUACAAACCAGAGAUUUCAAGAGAGCAAGCCAUUGCUGUCCUGAAGGAUAAAGAGCCAGGGUCCUUCGUUGUGCGUGAUAGUCACUCGUUCAAGGGAGCCUACGGCCUUGCCAUGAAGGUCGCUAUUCCCCCACCUUCUGUGCUACAGCUAAACAAGAAAGUUGGAGAUCUGUCCAAUGAGCUUGUCAGGCAUUUCCUGAUCGAGUGUACCCAUAAAGGAGUGAGGUUAAAAGGAUGCCCCAAUGAGCCAUAUUUCGGAAGCUUGACCGCUUUGGUGUAUCAGCACUCCAUCACUCCUCUGGCACUGCCCUGCAAGCUGUUGAUCCCAGACAGAGAUCCACUGGAGGAGAUGUCUGAAACCUCCCCGCAGACAGCCGCAAACUCAGCUGCAGAGCUUCUGAAGCAAGGGGCGGCAUGCAAUGUCUGGUACCUGAAUUCUGUGGAAAUGGAGUCCCUCACUGGGUAUCAGGCAGUACAGAAGGCCUUGAGUCUGACGCUUGUACAAGAGCCCCCUCCCAUCUCGACCGUGGUCCAUUUCAAAGUGUCUGCACAGGGCAUCACGCUGACGGACAAUCAGAGAAAGCUCUUCUUCAGAAGGCACUAUCCAGUCAACACGGUGAUUUUCUGUGCUUUGGAUCCACAGGACAGGAAGUGGAUGAAGGACGGUCCUUCGGCAAAGGUCUUUGGGUUUGUUGCGAGGAAACAAGGCAGUGGCACAGACAACGUGUGCCACCUGUUUGCAGAGCAUGAUCCGGAGCAACCGGCCAGCGCCAUUGUAAACUUUGUGUCGAAGGUCAUGAUAGGUUCCCAGAAGAAGAACUAAAAUGUAUUUUAUGAGCUCGCAGGAAGGCGGUUGGGGAUGAAGCCUGCCUCUGCACCUUGGAGGAGGACGAGAACAUUCUGUUGCAUAGCAAGACCAGCAGCAGCACCUGUCCUUUGAUCUACAGUCAGAUCAUCUGAAACAUUUUGUGGAGAUGGGAGCUGGAAACCAUCAGGAUCCCUGGAGCUAUUUUGGAACCAACCCAGAAAGGAAAAAGGCUUCAGAACAAGGGGAGCCGAAAUACACUUCCAAGCAGUUUUCUGAUUUUUCAUCCAGGGAAGGCGUGGGGUGGGAGCAUGGGAUGAGGCGGUGUCCUCUCAUUCAGUGAGGCACAUGGCUCUGGUGUGCGAAUCUGACUAGAAGAAUUUAUAUGCCAGAGGGCAGAACUACCCAUUGUAAAGGAGCUCCUAUCUUGCAUAGGGUUGUUGGUGGGGGAGAAUCAGGAGAUGGAGAGCAGAGGCCCAAACCCUUCAGCUGCCCACUCCCCUGAAAAUGCCCCCUUCACACUGCAUUGAAUAUUUUUCCCACAUAAACCAGAAGUAAGCCCACCUGUAGUUUAAAACAUCCUUGGGGUGCAUUGGUAGGGGGAAAUUAAUGGGUACCAGUUUGUGGAUGUACUAAGCAUCCUUCCCUCCCGUCCGCGGCUUCUCACUUGUAACUGUGCACCUGUGUUUGCGUUUUCUUAGCCAGUGUGAGUUAGGGAGCACACCUUAGCUGGGACAACAUGCUUCUGCUGCUAGAUACUUGCUGUAGUUCCGUUGACGGUAGCUGUAGUUUUUUGAGGCUCUUCCCUUUGUUUUUAUAAGAGCUGUGGAAGUCAAGCUUAAAAUGGGAUUGAGGUUACGUUUAGAGGAGAUCGGUGCAAGUUUGUUUCAGAAGGUGCAGAGAGAGGAGAGAGAGAAAAGGGUCUCUGGAGAUUUGCCUAGUGCGUGUAGCAUAAGGAAGACUUUGGACUUGUUUGAGGGAUAAAUAGGAGAGGGGUUGGUUAAAAGGCAAAAAAUGUGAUAUGGGAAACUGUUUGGUGCGUUAUUUUUAUGUUGCUUUUUUAUAUGAAGAAUUAAACAGGGAAAGCCAUGUCAUUUUGGUGACUGCAGGAUAAAAAUGAGGGAAAAGCACAUCAGAGAUAGGCUCUGUAUAGUUUAUAAUAUAUAUAUUAUAUAUAUAUAUAAUUUUGAUGUUGUUUUUGCUAGAUUAUUUAUAGUGUAACACGGAUUUCAGAAUGUUGUAUAGAUGUUCUGAUUCCAGGCAUAUUAUUGAGCUUUGCUAAUUUAGAACUAAGCUACAAGAGACGAAUUACACGAGGAGGAGCACA